CGGCUCCGGGCGCGAUAACGGGCAGCGCUUUAUUCUAAGGGCACCGCGCGAUGGGCGGGCGGCGCCCAACCCGCCUCCGGUCUGCCGCCUCCUCGGAAAGACGGCGUUAAUGCAAGCUCCGAGCAACAAGCUACCGGUGCCGGGGUCCGGCUGCUCUUCUUGUUCUUUUCCACUGGACUCCCAACGCUUUUUUUUUUGAUGCUUUAGAUUCAAGCCGGGCGUGACCGUCACCAACAGAGUGCAUGUUUGAUGGCUGCUACACCAGCUUUUACUUCUACAAAGGGAUCCUGAGCAAUAAGAGAGGGAAGAGUUCGCUCACAUAAUCUUUUUAGAAAGGGAAAGAGCAGCGUUGUGGGGUUUUUUUUAUUUUUUCCUGUUCUUCUGCUCGGAUUUCGUUUUUAAACUUGACGGAAAUGGCAACAGCCGCCUGUGUGGAUCACUUUGCAGCAGAGUGCCUUGUUUCUAUGUCCAGUCGCGCUGUUAUCCAUAGUCCCAAAGGAGAGCCCGAUCCCCCACCUGAUGCGGCGAUACCUCCUUCGUCAAACGGAGACGAUGAGUGGGAGGUCAGGGAACCUGGGAGAGACAACGGCUCCUCAGUACUUGUGGUCGCCAGCAUUUUAGCAGACCUGAACCAGCAUGUCCCAAACUCACCCGCUCUGAGGAAGGAAAAAGCAGAGACCUUUGAUAUCACUGAGAAAAUACACAUUUCUAUCGCUCCUACGGACUUUGGGGAAGAAAGUGUGUCUUCGGCUGGUAAGCGUGGAGGAGGAAGAGCAGCCACACCUACGAGCCUGGCUGCAGUAACUGAGCCAAGCCCCAGACAAAAGAACAAACGCACGAGAAGCUGGACUGACCCCGGAUCACCCCAGAAAAGGCACAAAUGCCACUAUGUGGAGUGUGAUAAAGUUUAUGGCAAAUCUUCCCAUCUUAAAGCUCAUCUAAGGACCCACACAGGUGAGCGGCCUUUUGAAUGCAGCUGGCAAGGAUGCAACAAGAAGUUUGCUCGCUCCGAUGAGCUUGCUCGCCAUUACCGCACUCACACUGGAGAAAAGAAGUUCAGCUGUCCUCUCUGUGAGAAACGCUUCAUGCGCAGCGACCACCUGACAAAGCAUGCGCGCCGCCACGCCGAUUUCCACCCCAGCAUGCUCAAGAGGCGAAGCGGAACCAGUUCCAGGACAGGCUCUGUCAGUGACUAUAGCCGCUCCGAUGCCUCAAGCCCAACGAUUAGCCCUGCCAGUUCCCCAUAGACCUGCCUGCACUGGAUGUCAACACUUUGCCUCUAAUACCCAACGUGGAGUUUUAUUUGUGUCGCACACGUUUAAAAAUAACUCUGUCGCUUCCCCUCCUCAGUUCUCCACCUCCCUUUAAAAAAAAAAACCCUUAAAAUAUCAGUAAGCAGCUGCCUCCCACUGCAAUUUCUACUCAAUUUUUCUUUACCCAACCACACAAGUGGCUAUUCUAACCUCAUGGAUGGAUGGACUUAACGUGUUCCACUUAGUGACUCCUGCUGUCUCAAUAUUUCAUAUACUUUGCAACCAUUUAUGGAUCCUCUUGAUUAUUCUUUAUAAGAAAAUGGGAAAAUCUAAAAAAAAGGAAAAAAAAAAAAAGUCCCCCUUAAUUCACCUCAGGUGUCAAAGUAGUUUUUUAAACCGGAUUGCACAGCAUGAGCAGACAUACAUUUACAAAUUAACUGUGCCGGACUGUCCCCCCCUCCUCGUUUCUCAGGGAUGGAUAUUUAUGUUACAGAAUAUUCCAAUGAAGACACAUCCUAACCGCAGCCUUACUCUGUAAAUAUAUUUGCACUCAGAAGCUUUUUGUUAGGUUCUUUCACACACUGGGGAAAAAUAAAAAACAAACAACACAAUAACCAAAUCAGUACUGGAAUGUCAUACCAGACCCUUCCAUGGUUUGUUUUCCCGUAUAUACCUGGAUUGGGGAGUGUCCAGACAGGAGUCUUGUCUUUCUUCAAGCUGCCAUCUGCUCUUGAUAGCAAGAGGUCUUUUCACUUCAUGCUGAAGAUGCUCCAAACCCAACUUCCUACUGCAAAAAUCUCGAUGAGGUUGAACUUGUUUGUUUGUUUCAUAAAAUUCUGAGGAAAAAAAAAAAAUCGGAAUGAGAUGCCUUAUAUUUACACUGGUAACAUUUUAUUGCAAGGUGGCAUGGAAUCUCAGAGGCGUUCUGCCAUCACUUCCCAAGUUAUUAAGCUCUCUGCACUGCCUGUUCAGUAUGGGACCAACAGAAUAUUCAAAUCAACCACACUGACUUGAACAAUUUUCUUCAUUCUUUUUUUCCUUUUUUUAAUGAACUAUGGGAAUAGCAUCGCUGAACCAAUGCCCGCCAAAACUUGUAUCAAGGUACUUACCUACUGUACAGCUCUAUCUUAGAAAGAUGUAUUGGCUAAGAUGUGGUUUCUGUAUCCUGUUGCAUCACAAUCAUCGUCACUGAUAAAAGGAAGCAAAACUCAUAAGGUGUCUUCUGGCUGGAAAAAAUAAAAUAGGGAUUUUUAAGUUUUAAAAUAAAAAGACGUUUUAGCCCAGCACUACUGCAAGUUUCUAAAAAAUACACAAACCAGCAUGAAUAAGGUGCUUUCAUUUCUGAGUAACUGUUUGAUAACAGAAAAGGAAUCUUGGUUAGCUUUCAAUGUCUCAAACAUUUGACACUAAACCGCCAGGCGGAGCGCCAGGACAAAGGGGUUAUCUUUUAUGUGGGAGAAAAUAUAGCAAAAGACCAGGAGCAUUGUGAUGAACUUGAGACCUCCUUGGCAGCAAACCCACUUUCUUUGGUUUGUCUGGGUCUGAUGGUGCGUAUUAUGAAUUCAGGUCCUACUGAUUCUGGAAUUCUGGGGGGUUUCUUGUUUUCACCGUAGGGUAUAAAUGCAGUUAAGUGUAGUUUGGUGAAAAGAGGCUCUCUAGGCCAAGCCUGCCGCUCAACGCCAAGUGAACACCUCCACAUUCCAAAUGAGCCUGGAGCUCAGCACUGCUUUGCAUUGAUCCAAUUCUGCGAGUUGUUAUCCUCCUGUGUAUUAACUGUGAGAGGCCAAUACAGAUUUCCAAGGAGUUCCAUAGGUACUUCUAUACUAUUUAUAUUAUUACUAAAAUACUACGCAUUCUAUUAGUUGUACAGAUAAAUACUUAAAAACAGUUCAAAGUGCAGCAUUUCAGGUUCUUUUUAUGUUCAUUUACUUCAGAUUUCACCUCUAUAAAAUACACAAUUUUCUCAUUUUGAAUUGGAAAUCACGUGAGGCACAAUUGUAAGGGUUUUUUUUUCAAGAUGACAAAUCUUGUUGAGGUUGUGACGAGUUGUCCAACGGCAGUGAGUCAGGGCAAGGCAGAUCUCUUUGCCUCCAGAGAGUUCCUUUUUUUUUCUCCUCAAUAAUCUCAUCUACUCGGAUACAUGAUUUUAACAACUUGGUACAAUUCAGGUAACGGGAUUCACAUUCCAAUCAUUUCUGUGACCGCUAAAAGUGCUCUUGUCCUGUAGUUAGUAAAGAGGCACUUAAAAUAUCUAAAGGAAUUCUACAGGUCAGCUGUGUCUUGUGCGCAUACUUUGAAACAGGUCAUAAACACACUUCUCAUUGUGAUUCUAUCGUAAGAGAGGGAUAUAGAGGGGGGAGGGAAAUACCAGAACCCAAAGGAGAACUAAGCAUCAGCUAAAAUCACAGGCUUUAUGUUCUAAGCUCAGUUUGCUGUAAAAUAAUCUUUUCCAACAAGCGCAUCAUUCAAUCUUUAGCAAAGGAGGAACCGCUCCAGUCCAGUUAUUUAGGGCAUAAUUCAGCGUGAAUCAGCAGGUGCAUCACAAACAAGUUGUGUCAAUAGCCUGGAGGAAGAAUAUUCGCAUCAGGUUUUAUUAAUACCGAGAGAGGGAGAUAUAAAGGUUAUGGGACAACCUAUUCUGAGUGACAUUAGAACCAUAUAAGCUUUAACUCAGAUGGUAAACUAAGCAUUUUAGGUGAAUUCCUCAGAGAUAUCACAAAUUAUUCUCCAAGAAAUAAUUCUCCAAAAGAAAUGAUUCACAGUCGUGUCCGGUUCAGCCAAUUCAUCUAAUGAGAAGGCUGUGAGAGAGAGUCUAUACAGACAGCACAGCUACACUUUCAAGAAAUUCUCUGAAACUUGUUAUUAAAAUGUAAAUCUUCAGAGUGUGUUAGGCUGACAGUCAAUUUACUGCUUUAAAAUCCUAGCUGGACCUCAACUAUCUCCAUUAAAUGUUUAAUACUCGAUAACUUUAGGAGAAAAUAAUUAAUUCCAAACCACUGGUAUUUUCCUAAACCGAAUGUGAACAAAACUCCUCUUAAUAUUUUCACAUGGAAAAAGAGUGUUUGGGGUUUUGCUAGACAAGAAGCAGAAGCACCAGCAAGCUCAUAAAACUCCAUUCUUAUCGUGGCUCCUCCUGAGUUAUGCAGAUAAGAGAAGUGAACAGCUCCAAUUAUGUUUAGCAAUCUGGGUGCUUCUCCAGACUAACGCUCAGAUUUUUACCCUUUUAUUGUUUCACACAGCCGUGUGA